UUUACAUCCAGUUAGUCUAUUGCAAUGAUGAAGACUACAAUCGGGGUUUUGGCAAUCGUUGCCUUCUGCUUUGUGUGGCAUGUGUACGCUACAGCAAACUGUACAGCCACUGGACCGGGCCGAUACGUGGAACCCACUGACACGACAUGCAAGAACUAUACACUCUGUGUCUACAUAACUGCGAAUAACACCUAUUUGGCGUACAACUACGUGUGUCCUACCACUUCGUUGUUCAAUCCCAACUUAGCUCGUUGUACCAGCAACUACACCUGUACUACUAAUGCUGGAAAAGUAGAGUGCAAUUUUAUUCACUGUGAAAAAAUGGGGAAACAGAUCAUCAUUGUAGUUUUUAUGUUAAGCGUGUGCGCGUGGCAGGCGCAUGCUGUUGUAAACUGCACAGCUACCGGCGCUGGUCGGCAAGCUGACCCGGCCGACACCACAUGCAAGAACUAUACACUAUGCGUCUACGUCAGCUCCAAUAACAGCUAUGUCUCCUACAACUACGUCUGUCCCACUACCUCCCUCUUCAGCCCCACUCUCGCUCAAUGUACGACGACUUACACCUGCCCAGCAACUACCACCAACACCACGAACACAACAACAUCAGUUUGCACCGCUGACGGCUUCAUCGCAGACCCUAACUCUUCAAACUGCAGCUCCUAUAUUGAAUGCGUCAACAUCAAUGGAUCCUACGUCGAAACGACGUACACUUGUCCAGCUUCAACAUUGUACAACCCAAAUACGACUCUAUGCGAUGCUUCUUACAAUUGCACUACCACAACUCCUUUCACGUGUACAACAGCUGGAAGGUUUGCUAAUACCGCCGAUACAACUUGUCAGACUUAUUUCUACUGUGUGCUCUUGAGUGAUGGAACGUUUACACAGUAUAAUUACACUUGUCCGUCAACUUCGUUGUUUAAUCCGAAUUCGAGGUUGUGUACUGCAUCUUAUACAUGCACUGUACUAUGUGGAGUUGGUUGGGUUCAUGCUGCCGUAGACUGCAGAGCAACUGGAGCUGGUCGUUUUGCGGACUUAGCUGACGAGAAAUGCAAGAACUACACACUGUGUAUCUAUGUCAAGGCUACAGACAGUUACCUCGCCUACAACACAGUAUGCCCCAGCAUAUCUGUGUUCAACCCACUGAUAUCUAAGUGUACUUCUCCAACGAACUACGUCUGCAACAUCACCGUCAGUAUGCCGAGACCUUCGCCUUCCACCAUCUGCACCUCCGACGGCUACAUUGCAGAUCCCGAACCUACGAAUUGUGCUACUUACAUACAAUGUAUCUCCCUCGCAGUAUGGAAUACAUACGCUGCAUCUAUCCAAUCUUCUUCUACUGGCAAUACUGAGACAUCUUCAGACAAAUCAAGUGUAUCAAAUACAACUGGAUACUUAACAAGUGAGGUUUCAGUAACCUCAUCAAAUUCAGAACAAAGUACAAAUACGACUGAUGAAUCGAACACAAACGAUGUAUCUACAAAAUAUUCUGCCAAUUUAACAGAUGUGAGAUUUACUGUAAAUAGAGAUGAAACAGUUAAUACUUCGAAUACUGACAUUGCCUCUGAAGCUAAUACAACAACGAUAUUAUUGACUACCUCUACUUCAGACAGUGGCAAUGCAACAAGAACUGAAGAUACUUUAUCCUCACUAGUGUCUAGUUCCACCAACUCCACAAAUUCUACUUCAGCAUUGGACAUUUCAAACUCGUUAAGAACCACUGAUGAAUUAUAUCAAAAUGUUGUUAAGACAACAGAUGACGGUAUGGAAAAUUCUACAUUAAAUUCUAUAGCAUCAUCGAAUACAACAACUGGGUAUGAUACUUUAAGUCACACAAAUGAAACUGAAACAUUAGAUACGAUAAUUUUAAAUACUCUUAAUAUUACGAAUACUACAAAUGUUAGUGGUUCAUCUAAUUCAACAUUAGUUACAGAUAACUUAAUAUGGGUGACAUCUAAUAUCACUAUUGUGUCAAAUUCUUCGUACGAUACUGAUUCGAAGAAUUAUCAAAGUUCAUUACUUUCAACAGAUACAGAGACUUCAGAUGCUUUAAAUUCUACAACUUCAACAAAUGUAUCAGAUGCAGCUACUUAUAACACAUCCACCAAUAAUAUGGAGUUUACUAACGUUACAUCACUUGGUGAUGCUACGGACACAUUUACGUCAAAUUCUUCAAAUGCUGUGAACUUAAGUACCGAAUUGAAUACCGUCAAUUCAAAAAAUUCGUCGCAAAGUUCAGAUACCACCUAUUUCGAUACUUUGGAUAGUACAAAUUCUACAAACAUUCUGGCAAAUAACAAUGCAUCAACAGUUAUAGACGUUGCAAUUUCGUCGUCAAUAAAUUCUACAAAAUCAAAAAAUUCUUCGUUUGAUGGCGAUAUCACAACUUCAAUAAACUCAUUAAGAACUACAAAUAAUUCAACAUCAGAGAGCGCAAAUGCAACAAGUUCAACAGAUUUUACAGGAUAUUUAAAUGCUCAAAGUACAAAAUCAGUGUCAGAUACCAUUGAAAAUACGAACUCUAAUGAUUCUUCUGAAAGUUCUAGUUCAAAACUAGAAUAUUCUUUAAACUCCUCAUCAGCUUCAAAUAUUGAAAAUUUAGUGAAUUCCACUGUGAGUUCAAGCUCAUCUUCAUCAGACACCUUGAGCCAUUCGAAUUCAUCUAUUGUACUAGAUUCAACUAAUUCCUCCAGUGCAAUAGAUGUUCAAAUUUCAUCUGAAUCCAAUUCUACAACAUCAAAAAAUACGACUGAUGAUAUAAAAAGUUCAAACCUACAAAACACAGUGAAAACGGCAAGCAAUUCUAUAUCAGAUACUGUGAAUAUAACAAGCUCAACUGAUAGUAGUAGCAAAAAUAGCUUACGAGCGACAAGACAAUCCAUAGAUUCUUCGGAAAGUAUAAAUUCAAGUGAUUCUGUUAACAUUUCUAGUAACAAAUCGGAAUAUCUUAUCAAUUCCACAUCUGCUUCAGAAUCUACAAAUUCUGUAAAUGAGACAGAAACUUCUGAUUCCUCAAUAAUAGAGAGUUCAAAUUCUACAAGUUUCUUAAACACUGAAAAUGCCGCAAAUUCUUCGCAUGUCUCUGAUUCUUUAGUUUCGUCGUCAGUAAAUUCUACAAUUUCGGAAGAUUUCACAUCUGACUCCGUUUUUGCAAACACUUCAAAUUCAUCCAAUGUAAAGGCCACAAGAAAAUCAGAAACUGCAAAUUACACAGUUUCAACUGACAACACACACUAUGAUGGUCAUUCCAACCAGACGGUGACUAAAUAUAACACUAAUAAUACGGAGUCAGGUGAUGAAACAGAGUUUUGGCAUACAGAAUCUAUCUAUUCUUUAGAAUCAUCGUCUGUAGAAGAUGAAACAAAUUCGAUAAAUUUAAAUGAAACUUCCGGCACAUCUACACUAAAAAUAGUGAAAACAUCAAGUUCAAAUGACACGGAGGAUGUAACCAAUUCUACCAAUGAAAGUAGUAGUAUAUCAGCCACAUCUAAUAACACUAAUUUAAAACAAUCAACCCUUACAAGAAGGAAUAUGGGUGACAUGUUUGUUUCAAAAAAUAUUACCGAUGUCUUAUCUACAGAUAAAACUACUGCAUUAAAUUCAACAGCAACAUCAAAUUCCUAUAACUCUGAUUAUUCAUCGGUUAGUCAAGAGUCUAUAAGUUCUAUAAGCGAUAGUUCAAAUAUCGUCAACACAAUUGAUAAACUAUCCAACUCAAGCUCCACCCGGACCAGUAGUACGUCAUCAAGUACAUCAGUGCCCAGCAGUUCAGUUUCAAGUAGUCCAGAAGAUGGUUCUGAUUCAUCAAACUCUAAUAGCAGUUCUGUCAACUCUUAUGCAACCAAGAAUACUACUCGCUCAAUGAAGACAAAUGACAUGGAAACAACAUAUUCCACUGAUGACAUCGCUUUCAGGAACGUUACCGAAGUUAUAAAUGAGGAAACUUCAAUAAUCACAAAUAAUCAUACUGACACAACAAGUACGGUUGUUACUACAGAUGCUUCUGAUAAUGUGACAAUAAUAACAAUCAUAACUAAAAAUAUGACUGUUACAAUAGACGAUGAUAUUACAAAUGUUACUGAAAUUAUUGUCGUAACAAACAUAACCAGUACUACAAAUACCACUGAAGACAUAAUUACAAGUGAUAUUACCGAUAUAAUUACUACCAUUAUUUCUACCAACACUACAAUUGUUACUAUUAUUAUUGAUGGUAAUGACACCACGUAUACUACUACGUCAUUACAUAGCACUGAUGUUAUCGAAACAACAGCUGUUGAUGAUACAAAAGAUGACUCAAUAAUUGCUACAUCCAGAAAUAGUUCAGAUAUUACGACUUUAAGAAGGUCAUUGGAUGUUUCAAAUAAAACUAUUACAAGUGAUUCAACAAAUACGACUACUUUAUUAACAGUAACUGGAGAUGAAAUAGACUCUACGAACUCUACUACCGACUCUAAUGACUCAUCCGAAACGAACACAACUUCCAUCUGCACGUCGCAAGGAUUCUUACCUGAUCCAGAUUCUACAAACUGCACGAGUUAUAUUGAAUGCAUACAAAAUGUCAAUGGCGACUUCACUGAGUCAGUGAAUACGUGUCCCGAUAGCUCUUAUUACAAUCCUAAUACGACCUUAUGUGAUUUUGAUUACCAAUGUCCAGAUUCGACGGACAGUACCAAUUCUUCCGAAUCUAAUAAUUCAAGUGGGGAAUCGAAUUCAACCGACACUUCAAUUUCAACUUUUAUCUGCACGACUCAAGGGUAUUUUGCUGAUCCCGACUCUAAUAACUGUACGAGAUACUUUGAAUGCAUUCAGAAUACUGAUGGUACCUAUACUGAAACUGGUUCUGCAUGUCCUGAUGAUUCUUAUUAUAAUCCCAAUACGACUUUAUGUGAUUUUGAUUAUCAAUGUCCAGAUUCGACGGACAGUAACAAUUCUUCCGAAUCAAAUGAUUCAAGUGGGGAAUCGAAUUCAACCGACACUUCAAAUUCAACUUUUAUCUGCACCACUGAAGGGUAUUUUGCUGAUCCAAACUCUAAAAACUGCACGAGAUACUUUGAAUGCAUUCAAAAUAGUGAUGGUACCUAUACUGAGACUGCGUCUACAUGUCCUGAUGAUUCUUAUUACAAUUCCAUAACAACGUUUUGCGAUUUUGAGUAUGAAUGUCCAGAAUCUACGGACAGUACCAAUUCUUCUGAUACUUCUGAUUCAAGUGAUGAAUCUAAUUCAACCGAUACUUCAAACCCCACUUCUGUCUGCACGACUCAAGGAUUCGUAACAGAUCCAGACUCUAAAAAUUGUACGAGCUACAUCGAAUGUAUUGAAAAUGAGGAUGGCAGUUACACGCAGACAGUGUACCCAUGCCCGGAUAACUCUUAUUACAAUCCCGAUACGACUCUUUGCGAUUUCGAUUACAAGUGUCCGACAGAUUCAUCGAAUUCUUCAUCUAGUUCGUCCGGUAACUUUACAUGUACAUCAACUGGACGGUUUUCAAAUAGCGAUGACACUACUUGCCAAUCAUAUUUCAGUUGUGUGUUAUUGGCUAAUGGGACCUUCGUUUUAAAUGAAUACAACUGUCCGAAUUCUUCAUCGUUCGACCCGAGUAAACAAUAUUGUACAGCGGCGUACACGUGCGGUUCCUAGGUAUAAAAUUAAUUAUUAUUUAAUUUAUGUAUUUCUAUGUUAUUCAAACGACUUAAUAAAUGAAAACAAUUGAUGUAAUUUUAUUUGGUACACAAACCUACAACAUAAAACAUGAUAAUAUAUUAAAUUUAAAUUGGUUACAUAUUAGAAUGUUAAAUAAUAUAAUUAUAAUGUUAGUGCAACCCAUUUUUAGAAGACUUUAUAAAAUCUUUUCAAAUAUGAAACCUUUAGAUAGAACUAUAAUAAAUGAAUAGGUUGGAAGACUGAAGUCAAUUUCAUUGUCUUCAGUUGUAAACAUUUCAUAAUCACAAACACUUAAAAUAACUACUUCUCACUUAGAUUCACAGCAAUCCAGCAAUUUAUAAAGCUCGUAUAUUAGACCGAGCAAGAUUUGCUUUCAUGCAUGCACCAUCAAAGCAGACUUUGUAAAAUAUUAUUUUAAUAUGUUGCAUGCAUCAUAACAUGUUGUCACAUGCUUGUGGUACAAGUGUCGCCUUGUUACGUUUAAAAUGUUUCCAAGACAAAUCUCUCGCAAAACUAUGGAA